AUGUCAGUCCUGGACUCCUGUGAGACAGAACUGGAAGCUCUCAGGAAAAGCAUAAAGAAACUGGAGAAUAACCUUUUGAUUGGAAAUUGGCAGAUCAGAUACCUGCAGACCCACAAAUAUUUUCACCAGACGCUGUCAAACAAUGAUGAUGAUACUGACACAGUGGAUAAGAAACCGAGCACGCCUCUCCCACCUGCAGGGAGCCUCAUCGUACACGACAAAGAUUGCUCCGAGCUGUUUGACAGACUGAAACCUCCGAGUGGCUUCUACAGGAUCAGGCCUGUUCCAGAGCAGGAGCCUGUUCUGGUUUACUGCGACAUGGAUGACGGAGGCGGCUGGACCGUGUUUCAGAGACGGAGACAUGGAAAGGUGGAUUUCAAUAGAGACUGGGUGGACUACAGAGAUGGAUUUGGUGACUUCAAACUAUGGAAUGAUGAGUUUUGGUUGGGCAAUGAGCACAUUCACUCAUUACUUUCAAAAGGUAAAAAAUUGGUGAAGAUAGACUUAUUGGAUUGGGAUGGACACAGAAAUUAUGCCUUUUAUGAGAACUUCAAGAUCGGUGAUGAAUCUGAUAAGUACCGUCUCCAAUAUGGCCAGUAUAGUGGCAAAGCGGGGGACGCUCUGACAGGAGGAGGAGGGAUGGUGGAGCAGUGGUCCGCCUGUGUCAGUGGGAUGCAGUUCAGCACCAGAGAUCAGGAUAAUGAUCGCUAUCAUCAGGGCAGCUGUGCUCAGGAGAAUCAAGGCGGCUGGUGGUUCAAUCGAUGUCAUGCGGCCAACCUCAAUGGUAGGUUCUACCGAAAAGGGAAGUAUUCUGGUGAAUUUGACAAUGGGGUGGUUUGGGGGACAUGGAGAGGCCUCUGGUACUCCCUGCGGCACACCACCAUGAAGGUGCGACCUCUGAUGUUCCUGGACUCUGUGGGAAGUGGAGAUGGAGCGUUUUAA